GCACCGUCAACCACACAAUUAAAUGUCCGAACGUUCACUCGAAACCUCACAGCCGAUUUCUUCUUUUCUCUUAUCUCUAUCCUUGUUAGAUUCAUCGUGACCCGUCUCACUUUUGCUUGCACCGGGUUAUCUUUUAUUAUAUAGAGAUAUUCGAUUCUGUUGUUCUUGUUCCUUUCUAUACUCCUAAAGAACGGGUUUCCCCGUACUUAAGAUAAGACAAUGAUCGACAUGUCAAACCUCCGCGACGUGGCCGAUAAGAACCUCGAGAUGUACGUACCAUGGAAUCAAAUCCGGGGUGUUAUAUCGCGACAAGAUGUGGGGGAUUUUCUCCGGACGAAACUCGAGGAGGUGAAGAUCACGCCGAAGAUGCUAUUUAUCCUUGUGACCGUAGGGUUGUUUGUAUGGAAUUUGAAGAGGAGAGCUAGAGAAGCGCGAGAAGCAGCGAAGUUAAAUAGAGAUCUCCCUGCAUCGACCUUCCCACCAAUCGAACCUCUCGAGGACUUUAACUGGGAAAUGACAGAACCUCUGAAAUUCCGUCCCUUUAAACCAAAGUACCAUCUCACAAUGGGCCUCCAGACCCUUGAUCCAGCAGACCUCAUCCCCAUGGACAAAACCUACAAGGAACGUCUUGCACUACGACGCUCCCUCUUGAAGGAAUAUCACGAAACCGUCGUCGCGGUCAAUGAUGAUUCGGAUCCGCGCACGCGCGCUGCUGUUAAUGAGCUGUAUACUUAUCUCAUGGGAACGUAUCUACCAGGUCGUUAUCCGACGAUGUUCAAGCUGCAUCGGACAGAAUUUGAGGCUGGAAAAGCAGUUAUGGUUCAGAAUCUCGUCACGGGAGAACUCUGGCCUGUGGAAGUGGGAAAGAGUACCCCGACUAUUACGGCUUUGGAGACGUUAAUCAAGACUGUUGAUGAGGACUUUUUGAUUCUUCUCCCGGAGAAAUCUUCUUCCUCCGAAAAAAAGAAGAAGAAGAAGAAAGACGGAGAAGGAGAAGGAGAAGGAGAAGAAGAAGGAGAAGAAGAAGCAACGAAAUACAUCCUCGAAGCGUACGCGACCUGCUACCCAGCCGGAUUCAACACGCGCAAGAAACUCGGCCAUCGGCUCGCAACCAUCCAUGACCCGGUUCCCGGAUACAAAGAAAAACUCGAACGAAGCAUGGAUCGAUUCUUCGAUAAGCUCGAAGUCGGAAAAUACGUACGACGCGUCAAUUGGAGCGUCACCACGGACGCGGAACUUUUCUCAGCCUUCGGGAACAAAAUCCACGGUGGAGCGGACGAUGAAUCAACAACAACGCCUUUGAGAAUGGAGGAAUUGGAUCUCGAUCAGACUUUUGUUCGGUGUGAGCGUCAGACAUUACAUCGUCUUCCGUGGUCGAGGGCUCUGGUAUUUGCGUUUCAUACAUAUCGGUAUCCGAUUCGAGAUAUUAAGGACGAGGGACUAGGUGAGGAUUUGGCGCGGGCUAUUGAUGGGUUGAAGGAGGGGAGCGUACCGCAGAUGCAUUUCUAUAAGCGUGGUGCUGUAUGGGGAGAGGCUGUAAAGGCGUAUUUGAGGAGUUAAGAGGAAGACCGAGAUCGCUAGCAAAAGGGUUAGCUUUUCACUAUAUUCGAAGUCAAUUCUAAAGUUCAUAUAAAGUACUGUUUAUUUUGAAUGUUGUGAAAGGGAAGGCGGUACUUAUCUUAUCAGUUUGCAUGUAAAGGAUCUAGAUCCUACUGAUCUAGUAGCUUCUAUCCUCUAAUUAAGAUAUCCAAAAAACCUGCUGCAAACGG